GGAGUGCAGAGUCGGCUUCGUCUCUAGCGUUUUUUUAAUAUUCCAAUAUUUUGAGUCUGAUAGGAAACGCUACGCGCGUGGAGUUUCCCGUUACGGCAGCUACCCUGAAUGCUGUGCGGACCCGCCACUGGUGGGCUAACGGGGACCCCCUUGGAGUGAAGUAACACCGACAAGAAGAUAAAUAGCUUAAUAUACGUUAAAUGCCUCCUAAUUUACCAGCAUUGUAACAACCUUCACUGCGUGCCUAUUUGGCGUGGGAAAGCAGACUGACGUUUGGACUGAGAAUGAAGGAACCCAACAUACCUGUUUUAUGAGCUCGCGAACAUGGACGACAUCAAGGUGAUCCUUCAGGACAAGGAGCUGUGGAGGAUGUUCCACGAGGCGGGAACAGAGAUGAUCGUCACCAAGGCUGGGAGGAGGCUCUUUCCAAGCUACAAGGUGAAAGUAUCAGGGUUGGACCCCAAAACGAAGUACAUCCUCCUGGUGGACAUUGUCCCAGCUGACGAUCACCGCUAUAAGUUCUCCGACAACAAGUGGGUGGUCGCCGGGAAGGCGGAGCCUGCUAUCCCUGGCCGGCUGUACGUGCAUCCAGACUCUCCAGCCACCGGUGAUCACUGGACCCGCCAGGUCGUGUCUUUCCAGAAACUGAAGCUCACCAACAACCACCUGGACCCCUUCGGACAUAUCAUCCUCAACUCAAUGCACAAGUUCCAGCCGCGGUUGCACAUUGUAAAGGGCGACGAAAACGAUGGCUUUGGACAGCAGGGCGGUGCCUUCUGCACUCAUGUCUUCCCUGAGACGGCCUUCAUCUCAGUGACGUCCUACCAGAACCACAGGAUCACGCAGCUGAAGAUUGAGAACAACCCGUUUGCCAAAGGCUUCCGGGGGGGUGAUGAAGGGGAGCUGCAUGAACCCCACCCUCUGGGGAAGCACUUGCUCAGGCUGGCUUCCUGUCACGGCCCACCAGAUCCCAGGCUGCCAUCAGACCACUGCCACUCUCAUGGCACUGACUCUGCCACACUGCAGCGCCGACACCUGCCUGAUGAACUGGUCCGGCCUAGGAGGAGCACCGCACUGCCAAAUCACUAUCCCAGGCACAGAGAUUACAACAGAGCCCGAGAGCUGGGAUGUAAGCGCUCUUAUUCUGACACGUCGCCCCCUUGUGGGUUGGAGGGGGACUGCCAUCGGCCAUCUCCAUCAUAUGAGUCUCUGCUAAUGUCCCAGCCAUACAGGGGUGAAGCCCUAUGUUCCCCAGAGGCCAGUAUGUCUGGGUGGUCCAAGGGGGAAGCAGAAGGGAGUGAGCCCUUCAGCCUACUGGCACAGGUGGCAUAUCUGCCCUACGGAUCCCACCUCGCCCGGGAAGCCGUACCCACAGCUGCCCCCGCGCCGCCCCCCCAUGGCCAGGCUGCUGCCUGGGGCGACCAGCCCCCAAAUCUCCCCUUAUCCUCCAACCAGGGCACAUGGGAAAGAAGUGUACAUCACCCACUUUACCACAGGGAGGUGCUGUCCCCCCCUCGUCCAUGCUUGGACUUGGUGCCGUUCCCCUCCCAGAAUUCACCAUAUCAGUGCCACGUGACACUGGGUGCCAUAGUGCCGCACUGGGCAGAGAGUUAGCCGAAGUGGCAGGCCGUUUCAUUCCUGCGCGUGAGACGAAGGUCACCUGACUUAUGGCUGGAGGACACUACCAAAGGAUCUGGUGAUGCUGAACACCUUCCCACAUGCCAUCUGUGUGCAUCUGCGUGAUCUGCAGAUGUUUGCAAUCACACACUGUCCUGCGCGAAGACUUUCGAUCAGUUCCUCAACCGCUACACCACCUGCUGUCCAAUACACGUCACUGUGUCCCAAAGAGCCUUGCAAGAAUAAUGAAUAUAGUGCAGUGUUUCUGUCUAGGGUCCUGGCAGAGCCCCCCCCCCAGUCCCCUUUGAUAGCAGGCUGGACUCCAGCAGCUGACCUGCGGCUCCUGACAAAGCACUUCCCCUGCCGGAGAUCAGACGCUCAUCACCAUAUGCAGGAUGCUUAAUUCCCUCUGAAUUCCAACCGGGGAUUAAACGGGAAUAAAAAGCUCGCCUGAGAUAUAUGGCUCAGGACAUGCUGUCUGUCUGCCUGAAGGUCUGUGUGCUGACAGUCACGCACACCAGUGCGCAUCUGGGACUCAUUCCCGGGGAUCUUUGAUUUUAACUCCCCCCCCCCCCUUCUGGGAAUAUUCAGUCCAAUAGACUUCUCCACAGUCGUCUGGAUCAGCUAACCUGACCAGGUGGCCUACUACCCACAUCAACCUACAGGAAGUUUCCAGACGGGGAGUGUCUAAAGAUGGCAGAGAUUGUCUAACCUCCUCAGAAAGCGCCAUUCCUCUCCAGUAACACGGGCAGCUUUGGGGCAGCCGUUUCAAAGGCCUUAAAUUGACUGUGUGUGAUGGUUAUCCACUUCACUCUGUUUAGACAGUCUCCACGGGCGUCCAUCUCUGGAGUUCAACAAGCUGCCAGGACGAGUGUGAGCUCUGUAACUAUAUACAACGCUUUGUAACUGUAUACAUUACGUUAUAUAACGCAUCGCGGGUUCCAGGGUUACCGAGACUCGAACAAUCACACCCAAACAGGCACAGCACAAUUUUAGCAGCGUGCAUAUGAAGCAGAGAGAGCCCCCACACACCCAAGCAAACAUACGCGCUGGAUUACAGUUGCCUUCCUGCACUCACAACCAAGCAAAAUUUUUCUUCUUUGCAUAGAGAGAUAUAUGCAGUUGCA